AUGUGCACAAGAGACGAGCUAUUGCAAAAACUGAACGAUCGCUCUUUAACCCCAGCCCUGAUCCUUUCUUCUUAUGAAUAUACUUACAAACCCCUUAUAGAUGCUCCUCUUCCUAUAAAUAGGCUAAACGGGCGAAAAUUUGCCCAAAAUUAUGGAGUCAGCUUGCUUGCUCUAAUUCGGCAAUGCAAUGCAGAACUUCAGAAAAAGCAGUCUAAGGACAAUUGUGACUGUAUUUUGGCAGUCAUGGAAAUGGGCUUAAAGCUGAUUUCUAGGAUCCAUUCUCAUAUUUUUGAUGAUAAUUCUGAGUAUUAUCAGCUAUGAUACGCUUAUAUUUUGAGACUGAGUGAUAAUGAAAAACAUGAAAAAUGUUCAGAAAUUAGUAAAGGGGUCAUAAAAGAGCUGGAAGAAAAUUAUAAGAAAAAGGAAACAAAUUUCUUGAUGGUGAAUAUUUUGAUAUUAAAGUGCCAUAGCAUGCUGCAGCUGCCUGAGAAAUCUGUGGAUAAGCUGGAAGAAAUUUAUGAAAUUAUAGCAGAAAAAUGCAAAAAUAUUUUAAUUAGCCUGAAAAACGGGCUCACACAAGCUGACCAUCAGAAUCUUAAUAGAAUUUACCAAAGCUCGUUCAAAAUUCUAUUUAAAACAGGAAAAUGCUUACUCCCCCCCCCCUCCGUGAGCGAACAAAACCAUUAGAAAAAAUCACCAUUUUUUGACCAAAAACCCACCCUCCGUGAGCGAACAAAAAUUUUUUUAAUAGAAAAAAUUUUAAUGGAAAAAAAUUUUGAUAUAUAAGUGAUAAUUAGUAUAAUGAAAUCUAGAGCUAAUUCUGUUUAAUUUUAAAACAAAUUGCGUUUUAAAACAUAAAUUUUGCAAAUUAAAUUAAUAUUUGCUUCCCAAAUUUUUGCAAUUAGGAUUUUUUUAAAUUUCGAAAAAAAUAUUUUUUUAUAAAAUUUAUAUAUAAAUUUUUUUUAAAAAAAAAAAAUUAACCCCCUCCGUGAGUGAACAAAAUUUUUUUGUUCGCUCACGGAGGGGGGGGGGGGAGUUAGACAACUUGUCAGGCGGAAAUAUACAACUUCAUAAGCAGGCGUUAGAAAUCAGGCUUCAAGCUUUGAUUUAUUUAGAAAAAACAAGACCAUUUAUAUCGACUGAUUAUUUUGCCUUUGCAUAUAGCUCUAUUCAAAGCACUUAUAAAGUUGCUUCCUCUGCAAGCUCAUCUGUUCUUUAUGAAUCCUGCAUAAAUGCAAUAGAUUCUAGCUUAGAAGUGGUGACUACCCAUAACUUAAGCAUGCUUGAGGACAAAAAUAUAAGAAAUAUGAUAUAUUUAAUUAUAGUAAAUAUAAGCUAAUGGUAGUUUUCUAGUCUAUUUUAUUAUAAAAAUAGGGUAAAAUGGUAUAGAACUUCAGAGUUUUUUAUACCAAAAGCAAGAUUUAUAUGAUGCAGCUAAAUCCUCACUUAAUAAUUUAAUUAUCGACCAAUUAGAAAAUAUUCCGACACUGCUGUAUAAUGUGAAAUAUUCAUUAGAAAUCGCUAAAUGCAGCUAUUUAGGAAAAAUUAGCUUGAUAAGAGACUUAGAAAAUGCAGUUUAUUGGAUAAAUUUGCUAUUUGAUGAAAAACUGUCAGGACCUACUACACUUACACAGUCAGAAAUCCAAGAAAUAAAAGAAAUCACCCCAAAAGUCCAAGCACAAUUAGAAUGUUGGCUUAAAAUAGCCGGAAACUUGCAUGCUCCAUCAAAUAUAAAGCAAGGGAUGCAAUUGCCAUAUGGCACUGUAAAAUUACUUUUGGACUUGCUUAAAUACUACCCAAUGUUGAUUCAAUUUGAAAAUAAAUUAAUCUUUAUUAUAUUAAAAUACUACAAUUUAUUUUUUAUUAAAUAAUUUUUAGCUAAAAUCAGCCUAUUUUCCUAUAUCAAUUGACACUAAAUGUGACUGGGAGCUUUAUAACUAUAUCAUGGCCCUUCACUUUUUCCUCACCUAUAUGGCAAGCCGAGACAUUAUUUUUUCAAAUUCCGCGUUAUCCUAUAUAAACCAGCUCCUUUUAAAGCCAGACCCUAAGUACCUUAAUAGCACCUACAACAUCUCAUUAGCCCUUAUCCAUACUGGUGAAAAAGAACUGGCGUUUAAAAUUCUCAUAAUGCUAUUAGAACAUAUGCAGAUUUCAAACUGCGAGGUAACCACCACUCAUAUAGCGAUUUUUGAGCUCUGUGUAAAAUAUGCAAUUGAGGCAAAUAAUUAUUACACACAUAUAAAAAAAGCAAUUACUGGAUUUAUUAUGAAGCAGGCAGAAAUCAGAGGAAUUCAUGAUAUAAAAUCAGGGAAUUUAUUGAAAAUUAUUGAUGGGUAUAUUAGGGUGCAUUUAUCAUAUAUAGAAACUUAUAUACAAAAUGGGCAUCAGGCUAGCCAAUUAGUGAAUAGAGAAGAUAUUUUGGGCGAAAAAUUGAAUAUCUGUAUAGCUUUUAAAGGAGAAAUUUUAGAUAGAGAGAUCACUGAUUAUCAUAAAAGACUGCUGGAGUCUGCAAAAUUAAGCCAGGAGUCUCUUUCAAGCUAUAUUUCUGAAAUGAUACAAAACAUUGUCAAAAUUUUAUUAUACCAUUUUAUUAAUUUUUUAAAUAAUUUGCUUAAAAUCACAUAAAAACAACCUAAUUAUAUAAGGGAUAACUGAAGUAUACCCAGUAAACUCUUCUCAAUAUGCUUCUACCUUAUUAAAAUAUAUAGAAAUUCUUUCGACUUGUGAAAAAGGUUUUACAAAUGAAUGACUAUUAACCAGUAUUUCCUCAAUUUCAGGGACAUUGCAAGAAAGAAUGAUAAAAUUAAUAGAAAAUAUAAAAACCCCUCAAUCUUAUAUGUGAAAUGCUAUACUUUUAUUAGAGCAAGCUAAAGAAUUUAAUGAAAAUGAAGAGUGAAUUUCAAGGAAAAAUCUUAUUCUAUCAUAAAUAAAUAAAUUAUUUUUUUAGGAUUUUAUAUAGAAUUUGGGAGAAAUUUAGUAGGAUAAGGAUAUAAAUUAUGCAGAAGCUAUAACAAAAUUUGAAAAAACAGCAGAGUCUAUCGCAAGACAUAUGGGGUAUAAAAUUAAUUAUGAUGGCAUUGACUGAGAAACCAGUGGGAAAGCCCAGGUUUCUGAUGCAGAAAUCGUAGAAUAUUUAAGGACACUAAUGAUGGGAGUUGAAAUAUUAAGCCUAAUAAGAAUUCACCGUCUGGAAAUUCAAUUUUUAAGCUUAGCCCAAAUCUGCAUCUCAAAAUUACCUCCAAGCCCUGAGCUCGAAACUAAGCUUGCCUGCUUAUCCUUACGAAAAUCCAUUACUCUCUGAAAAGAAGGCCUCACUGAGCUCGCUAUAAAAUCCUCCCAAGAAUUUUCUUUAUACACCCCACUCCUCGACGACCGACAAAGUACUGACAUUUUUUAUGCUGAAUUAUGGAUCUUGGCAUUCCGAAGCGAAAUUUCAUUUUUACAAGGAAAGCUUUUUGAUAGUGAAAACCUCUGUAAAGAAAUUUUAGGAAAAAUCCCUUAUUCCCAUAACUCCAAGAGAUCAUUGAUAUUAAAAUCAUAUAUUUUGUAUAUAAAAUCAAAAAUCGAGAUUUUAAAUAACCAACAAAACGAAAGUUUGCAGCUUUGUAAAGACGCAAGAGCGCUAAUAUCUGACAUCCACAGCAGUUCAAUCCAAAAUUUAUCCUUAAUGAGCUCUAUAUCUGAGAACACUUACUAUAAAGAUUCCAAUGACUCUUCUUCCCGCUUCAGAUUUCUUGUAUUCCCUUAUUCAUCAUGGUCAAUGCAAAAUCUCUCAAGUUUGCUUUUAGACCAUAUUUCUGACCUUUUUCAAGUAAAAUCACAAAUUCACAACUCAACGCUAUAUUUACUUCAGGGGAUCCGAUUAAGCCUUACUUUAGGAAUCCCAUCCCUUUAUCUGCAGUUUAGGUCAAAACAUACAAAUCUUCAAAGGAUUUCUUUGACCGAUUCUCGGAUAACUCAAGAAAACAUUAAAGAGGAAAAACUCCAUAGUCUGCAUCCUGUGGAAUUAAUACAAAAAAUAUUCCCAUUGCUUUUUGAGCCAUUAAUAGGGUUUUCUGACUCAGAUUCUAUUGAUACUGUGCAGAGAUAUGACUCGUUUGCAUUGUCGCCUCAAGAUGUAGAAUGUCUUACAAAAUAUAUAAAUAGGUCGGUGUUGUGUUUUGGAUUACUUGUAUUAGGGGAUAUUUUGCAGGUGGCAGAAUAUUAUGAAAAUAUAGAAUUUCCAAUUGCGGAACAAAAUUAUUAUAAGUUGGCAAGAUCACUGCUGAGGCCACAGAAUCAAGGGACGAGCUUUAAAGUUCUGAAGUCAUUGACGUUUAAAAAACAAGGGGCGUUGAUAGCAAAACAAAGGCCUGGAAAAGAUUGUAUUGAAAUUUUAAAUAGAGCUAUAAUAGAACUCGGCUGCUGUGAAAAUUUUAUCCAAGCUUUUACAAUUCAAAAAAAAUGCUGCAAAAACUUUUAUAUUUCACCAUUAUUAGCAGAAGAGCUCGCAAAUUGUUUGCUUAUACUAUCAGAUGCAUUGCUGAGAAAAGGAGAAAAAGAUAUAGCUAUGAAUAUCGCAAAACAGGUAGUUUUACUGCCUCAUACCAGUAACCCUACUGUACAGAGACAUGGGAAUUAUAUUUUAGCAAAAGAAAUGGGGAUUUCUAACUGAAAAAAAGCUUUUCACAUCAUAAAAUCUAUAGGUGUUUCUUAUAAUACUCAAUUAGAAAAUCUUAAUAGGGCUGCAUUUCCUAUCAAUAAUGAAAUUGAUUUAGAACGAGCUUUAGCAUUGAUCCCUGAGUCUUGAAAUGUAAUAGCACUUUCUAAUGGUAGAGGAACUUAUAAUGAUGGGAUACAUCUCAUGAAAUAUAUAAAAGGAUGGGAACCAUUUUGUGUAGUGGUAGGCGGGGCUUGUGAAUGCAGCCAUACAGUAGGGCUGUUUCAGAUCCUUGAAGAAUUCGCUAAUAUUAUGAGAUUGAGUGCAAACACGACUUCUGGAUCUCAGCAGUCAAGCAAAAGAAGCAAAUCAAGCUGGUGGCAAAAAAGAGAAAAAUUAUGGUUUUUUAUAACAAUUUAAGAAAAUUUUUUUAAAAAUAGUGUGCUAGGUGGGUUUUGGCUUAAAUAGUAUAAAUGAAAAACUUGAAAAUUGGCUUGACGAUUUGCAGUACAAAUUUUUAGCACAAUUUUCCUCGCUAUUUUUAGGCAAAAUUCUAGAUGAAGAUAUACAUAUAUUGGUAGACCAAGCUUCAAAGGAGCUAAUUUUUAACAAAAAUUGUGAAAAUUGUGGCCAAAAAUGGGAGCCAGCUUAUAUUUAUUCCUUAUUAAACGCAGGAAUAUCAGAGUUUUUAUCAAUAGAAGAGAUUAAAUACGCUUUAUCAUUAAUAAACCACACAAAGCUCCCAGAAGAAUUUUUCAAAAAAUUACGGAGCAUCAAAAAAUGCUGCCAAAACAAGCCGAUUUCUCGUGGUCCUACCAUUUUGAUCCUUGACGGAAAUCUAAUACAUUUGCCUUGAGAGUCUUUAAAAAUCCUUCGAUCACAAAUAGUGACCCGCCUCCCUUGUUUUUCAUUCCUUCUAAACCGCCUAAAGCCUAAACUCCUAUCGGUUUCUAAUACUUUCUAUAUUUUAAACCCUUCAAGUGACCUUGAACAUACCCAACAAACCUUUGAAAAAUUUUUUUUAGACCACGAAAACUGACAAGGCAUUAUCGAUAAAACUCCGACUGAGUCAGAAUUCUCCUCAGCCCUGCAAGAUAAAGACCUGCUAAUCUACUGUGGACACAGCUCUGGUGAACAAUAUAUAAAAGGUGACAAAAUUAAAGACCUAAACGUAAAAGCUGCCAGUUUACUUAUGGGAUGCUCCAGUGGGCUUUUUAAACCAUGUGGCCAAUUUGAGCCUCAAGGGAUAGUUUUGCAGUAUUUAUUAGGAGGCUGCCCAGCAAUAAUAGCAAACCUAUGGGACGUGACUGACAGAGAUAUUGACCGUUUUGCAUUGGAAUUUAUUAAAAGAAUUUCUAAUUUAGAACCCUUUGGAGAUGCCUUAUCUAAGGCAAGAAAAGCUUGCAAACUUCCUUAUCUAAUAGGAGCUGCCCCAGUUUACUAUGGAAUUCCGCUAUCUUUAAGUCUUUAA